UUACAUGGAAAAAUCCCUAAAUAACAUGGUUGUUUGUUAACAAAGGUUCCCGGAAGAAUAAAAAAGUCCCAAAAUGAAGUUAGUUAGUAGAAUUGUUGAUAAAGGAGGGAGUGGGUCAAUUGUUUUGAUUCCCGAAGAUCCCGAAGAUAUGUGGCAUGCUUACAAUUUAAUCUCCGAAGGGGAUAAUGUAAAAUGUACAACAAUCCGGAAGGUACAAAAUGAGACUGCCACGGGUUCCUCAAGUAGCAAUCGCGUCCGGACAACGCUCACAAUUGCCGUGGAGAAUAUUGAUUUUGACACACAGGCGUGUGUUUUGCGUCUAAAGGGGCGCAAUGUUGAGGAGAAUCCCUACGUGAAAAUGGGAGCCUACCACACGCUGGAUCUAGCUCUCAAUCGUAAAUUCACCCUGACAAAGCAAGAGUGGGAUACAAUCUCACUAGAACGCAUUGAUAUGGCUUGUGAUGUUACACAGAGCGCCGACGUGGCAGCUGUGAUUAUGCAGGAUGGUCUGGCCCAUGUUUGCCUCAUCACGUCCAGCAUGACACUCGUUCGCAGUAAGAUUGAGGUGUCUAUUCCGCGGAAGCGCAAAGGGAAUGUCCAGCAACACGAGAAGGGGCUCGCAAAGUUCUACGAUGCCGUAAUGCAGAGUAUACUGCGUCAUGUUAACUUUGACGUGGUCAAGUGCGUCCUUCUGGCUUCCCCGGGCUUUGUGAAAGAUCAAUUCUUCGAGUAUAUGAUCCAACAAGCCGUCAAGACAGACAAUAAAGCCCUGCUGGACAACAGGGGGAAAUUUGUCCUUGUUCACGCGUCGUCUGGCUUUAAACAUUCCCUCAAGGAAGUCCUCCAGGAUCCCGCCGUGGCAGCCAAGAUGAGUGAUACAAAGGCUGCGGGUGAGGUGAAAAUUCUCGAGCAGUUCUACACAACGCUACAAUGUGAACCCGCAAAGGCAUUCUACGGCAAGAAGCACGUCACACGUGCCAUUGAGGCUGAAUGCGUGCAAACUCUCCUCAUCUCUGACAACCUCUUCAGAUGCCAAGACUUCAAUCAGCGCAAGGAAUACGUGCGCCUCGUGGAUGCCGUCCGGGAGUCCGGGGGUGAAGUUAAGAUUUUCUCCAGUAUGCACAUCUCCGGAGAACAAUUGGCCCAAUUGACGGGAAUUGCGGCAAUUCUGCGAUUUGCAAUGCCUGAACUUGAGGAUGAUAGCGAUGAGGAAGACCAAAUGGAAUCAGAUUGAUGAACCUCCUUCUCCUCCUUUUUGCCCUUUUAGCUGCAGUGCGUGACACACCUUUCUCAAUUUCUUUUUACAACAGAGAGAGAGAGAGAGAGAGAGAGAAAAUAACGAAAUUAUGUUGUUAAGAGGAAUCGCGAUCCCGGAAGAUCCAUUUCUCAUUUUUUUUUUAUAUUUAUUUUGUUUCCUAUGUUUUUUUUACCACUCAGGUCGACGAGAAAGAGCAUAAUCGUGUAUAUAAUUCAUGUUUAUAAUAUGUAGACUAUAAAACAUAAAAUAAAAUAAAAGAAUUUCAACUUUUACACACACAA